AAAAAUGGUUUGGAGCCAGAUUGUUUGAUUUAAUGCACGGAACAUCCUAUGUUUUUUCAUGGCCUUUGCAUUGUAUCAUAAUUUCCAUUCAGCUGGAAAACAAGUUCCCUGUUUAUGAUAUUUGCCAGCUAAAAAUCUUUAUUGCAUAUAGGCAAUGUUAUGGAAAAAGUUAGUGAAAAAUCGUUUUAUUGUUAUAAUGACAAAAAAAAAAGUGCGCUUCCUGCGACAAUUGUUAUGCGUUAUUUGUUGCGACCACUGCCAUUCGGUCGCUGGUCGGCAGAUGCCGUCAUGACGCAGGACUUCCAGCGCGUUGACGCGAUGUUACGUUCCACCAAUCAGCGGCAGUUUCCGAAGCCCAGGAAAGGAGCAGAUGAUAUGGCAGCUUUGUGAGCGGCCAGGUGGAACUCGCUUUUGUUUAAUCGGGCUGACAGCGGAACAUGAGUACACUUUAACCCGCACGCCGCAGCGGGGGAUCCGAAGAUGAUAUACCUGAUAUUAAUCUCUGCCUUCUCCGGGGCCAUCGUCACGCUCCUUCUGCAGCUCUUACUGCUGUACCGGAGGAGCCCCGAGCCUAUCGCUAGGACAGUUCAGUAUGUCAAUGCAGUUCCCGAUCCCGCACUGAAGGAUUACUUUAGCAACCAACAAGCCGAAUCAACGCAGCAACAAUCAGAUAUCGCAUCGUCUGCCUCCAAACAACCAGAGGCCGCUUCCCCGAAGCACCACGAGACCACCGUCCCCGGCAGCAGCCCCAAACAGCAGCCGUCCUCGCCAUCGCCUUCGCUGAGCGACUCUCAGCACACCUCCAAAACAGAGACAUGCGAUUUCCUCAAUGCCAUAUUUCUGUUCUUAUUCCGCGAGCUCAGAGACACCCCAGUCAUCAAACACUGGAUCACCAAAAAGAUCAAGGUAGAGUUUGAGGAGCUCCUCCUGACCAAGACCGCCGGGCGUCUGCUGGAGGGGCUCAGUCUGCGGGAUAUCUCUCUGGGCAACUCCGUGCCCGUCUUCAAAACAGCAAGACUCAUGAAGCCAGUGGCUCUCAAUGAAGACAACAUGCCAGAGGAGCUCAAUUUCGAGGUUGACAUAGAAUACAAUGGCGGCUUUCAUCUGGCCAUUGAUGUCGAUUUAGUAUUCGGGAAAUCGGCUUAUCUGUUUGUGAAGAUGACCCGGGUGGCCGGCCGCCUGAAGCUGCAGUUCACCCGCAUGCCUUUCACGCACUGGUCCUUCUCCUUCCUGGAGGACCCGAUCAUAGACUUCGAGGUGAAGUCUCAGUUUGAGGGCCGUCCUCUGCCCCAGCUCACCUCCAUCAUUGUCAAUCAGCUCAAGAGAGUUAUCAAGAAGAAGCACACCUUACCAAACUACAAAAUAAGGUACAAGCCCUUUUUUCCUUUCCAAGUGCAGCCACCGCUGGCGUCAUCAUGUGACCUGGACAUCUCCAUCCGAGAGACACUAUUGUGGAGGGGCGUCUGCGUGUCACACUUGUUGAAUGUAGCAG